CAUGAACGAGAGGGAAUAUACGAAAUUACGAAGCAUUUGGCUAUUCUGCCACCGCAAGCAUCAUCUAGUGAAUGUGGCGAGGCAGUCAAAGGACAUUUUUUUAUUUUCUUCCAAAAUCUAUGACAAUUAACAAUAACGUAGAGUAUAUAUAAUUCUAACCAAUUUCCCCCCUUUUGUUCAGGUAAACGAUUCCUUUUAGGAGUAUCAAUUAACUAACUGUAUCAUUAAACCCUAGAGCAGGCUUCCUAUUCCCAAAACUUUUGUUCAUAAAUCUGUGGUUUUGGGAUUUAAACUCUUAUGCUCUCAUAUUCACAUGGGUCGAGAUCAGCAUUUUUCGAUUUUGAGUUUUUUCUUUGAGCCAAAACGUCGAACACUUAAUUGAAGUUUCUGGCAGUGGAUUCUAUGCGUAGAAUUGAGGGAUAGAGAUUUAAUUAGUGUUCAAUUACAUACUAUUCACAGUGUAGUUCAAAAUUGAAGCUUCUUUUGGCUUGGUUUAUUGACAGAAUUUGUUCUGAUUCGAGUUUCAGCUAAAAUUAUAAACGCCCAUUUGGUAAAAUUCUAUUUACAGCAAAAUCUGGAUAGUGGGUUUUUACAGUCUGCAGAUUUUAGGAGGAUAAUAAGAUAUUGGGGAACAUUUCAAUCAUUUUGGUUGAUUUUGGUUAUUGUAGUUGAAGUUUUGUUCACAUGAUCAGCGUCUAUUUGGUGAUUUUUGGCAUUUGAGAAGAUUUGAUCUAUAUUUUUAUGAUGGAUGAAAUUCAAGGCAGUUUAAAUGCUCUUCCUCCUUUCCUUGCAAAGACUUAUGAAAUGGUUGAUGAUCCCACAAGUGACCCCAUUGUUUCUUGGAGUUCAAAUAGUAAGAGUUUUAUAGUGUGGAAUCCCCCUGAUUUUUCAAGGGACUUGUUGCCAAGGUUCUUUAAACACAACAAUUUCUCAAGCUUCGUUAGACAAUUGAACACAUAUGGUUUUAGGAAAGUUGAUCCUGAUCAAUGGGAGUUUUCCAAUGAUGAUUUUAUCAGAGGGAAACCACACCUAAUGAAAAACAUACACAGACGCAAGCCAGUUCAUAGUCACUCAUCGAAUAAUCUUCAUGGACAAGUGAACUCUAACCCUAUAACUGACUCCGAAAGACAGAGGUACAAAGAUAAUAUUGAGCAUCUAAAACAUGAAAAAGAAGUUUUUUUGAUGGAGUCACAAAGGCAACUACAAGAGGAAAAGGGACUUGAGUCGCAGGUUCAGCUUUUGAGGGAUCGCUUACAACAAAUGGAACAGAGGCAAUAUAGUUUUGCUUCGUCCUGUGCUGAGAGAUUGCAGAAACCCGAGCUUGCUUCAAUCCCUCCAUUAGUUAACAAUGAUAGAAAGCGACGGGUUUUUAGGCCUGACCAUUUUUAUGACGAAACAAACAAUGAGGAUAGUAGCAUAUGUACCAUAAGAACAAGUAGAGGAAGUCCAAAAGUUUGUUUUGGUUUAGACUUUGAUCCCGAGCUCUUAGAGAUGAUGGAAGCAUCCCUACAUUUUUGGGAAAAUGCGGUUGAGGAUCUCGUAAAUGUGCAGAGAAAUCCAACCCAUGAGGUUUUUGAAUCCACUACUUGCACAGAGAGCCCAGCAAUAUCUUACACUCAACUCAAUGCUGAUGAUCUAUCAGAUUCCUUAAGGAUUGACAUGAAUUUGGAACCUCCUGCCGCAGCAUCUGUAAUCACACUGGAUCCUGCUUCUCGACUCGAGACAGAAUCCGGAACUGCUAAGGCUAUGGCACAGGGAGUCAAUGAUGUAUUCUGGGAACAAUUUCUGACUGAAAAUCCUGGUUCAUCUGAUGUACAGGAAGUUCAAUCAGAAAGGAAAGAUUCUAGACUUAAAGAGAAAGACAGCAGACUGUUAGAUCAUGGAAGAUUUUGGUUGGGUUUUAGAAAUCCAAAUAGUAUACAAGAACACAUAGGACAACUUACUCCAGCAGGCAGCAACUGAUAGGUAUCAUCUUAUUUUUGACUUUGAGGCUUUAAACUUGGAUGUAAAUAUAGGUAUGAUUGUUUCUCAUGUAAUAGAAUUGAAUAAGUUUUUGUUAAA